AUGGAUCGUGAAGACCCCAUAAUGUGUCCAUCGUGAGACCUCCGGCAUACCUUAUAUAUCCGAGCCAUCUCGGAGGUACUAGAGUCUCUCUCAAGCCCUUCUCAUUUUGCUCAAAAUCCGCAGAGGUAUACUCGAGGUACCAUUGUGAGACUCCAGAGCCUGCGAUAUACCUCAGAGGGUCACGCGAUACCCUUUCUCGAUUCGCAUAUGUGAAAAUUCAAGCUGGAUCUUGAGAUUGAAUCGGAAGAAAAAAGUCACUAAAACUGUCAAAGAACUAACAAGGAUGUUCCAAUUCUACGCAGAUCUUUUUGUGAUGUUUAAGAUAAAAGUAUCCGAUGGACUUUUAGACGAUGAAAUCUUCUGCACAUGCGAAAAGCCUAUUUUUGAUUAAUCCUUGAAUCUCAACAUAAAUUUGAAAAAAAAUUAUAGAGAUUCGAAACCCCAUCUCGUGAAACCAGUGUUUUGAAAUCGCCAGAGAAACCUCUGUUCAAAGACCUAUUUGCAAUGAUGCCAACCGGACAGUCACGGUGGCCAGAGAAGAUGAAACGGAAAAGUACACUUGGCGAGAAAAAAGCGAAUUUUCGGCUGGGGAUUUGCCGCGUUGCCAUGCGUAAUCUCCAAUUUUGCGCAGACUGGAGGCCUUUUCGGUUUGGCCGUUGGCAGUGACGACGGCGUCGGAUUCGCCACGAUACGAGCACAUCAUCGUCGUCGGCGACAUGGACGAGAAGCCGCCGCGGAUUCCGAAUCCGCUCACAGACAUCGAGCAUUCGUCCUGGAUUCGCAUCUUCCGAGCUGUUCGGACUCCGACUUCGGAUUAGUGAUGGAAUCCUUCUUUCAGUUUGACACAGACCACGAUGGCCUUAUUGAGGUCGAACAAAUGCAGAAGACGAUCAGAGAGGCGACCUUUUCCUUCGGCUUCGACCAUUAUGAAGUUUCCUUUUUAUCAUUCCAGAUCCCGACAGGAAGAUUCUUGAAAUUCGCGUCAAGUUCAAUAUGAUUAAUAUCGAUUUCUGACUCUGUCUAUAAGUUCCAUUCAUUUGUUUCAUUGUGCUUUCAUUUCUGAAAAAUCGUUCUAGGACCUUGAUAACGCGAACCGGACAUGGCGGGACAUUCUAGUGACUACUUCAGUAGCUUCAGCGCUCUUAAGUGAUCCCUAGGAUUGCUCGGAAAGAGCGCGUCCGGUUUUCGAUAUUGAGGUCCGAAUCGCCGGUACCUAACUAAUAGUGAGAGAAUGUAAACGAUCCAAAAAGAGGCAUUUUUUCUCUUUUGAAAAGCUUCUUGGCUUCCAUGACAACUUUCAGCUCCAAAACAUGUCCCUUUUCCUGGAAAUGCGACAAGGAGCGCCCAUCAAUUUCCAAGACUUCUGUUAUAUGGUUCAGAAUACAUGA